AUGUCCUUCUCUGACGACGAGUUUGAUGCCUUUCCCGAUCUAUUCGAAGGUGUCGACUGGGCCCUUGUACCUGGCCUUGGCGACGUCUCCGUCCCUGUUCCCUCACCAGCAUCAGAGGACGACAAAUCUGACCAGCCCCCGGAUCCUCGUCCUUCGGCGUCGGAAGUCGAGAACCCGAUCAUCCCUCCAUCUCUCGCCACGAGCUCCAACGAUACGGGCGAGCAUUCUCGAGGCUCCAACUCUGAUGAACCCAGCCCCUACAGGUUCGACGAAGAUGACAAUUCCUUUCUAGAGGAGCUGAGUGCACUGGAGGCUACGCUGUCUCAAUCCCCAUACAUGCCCGCACCCGCAGCCACACCCGCGAGUAGCGUAUACGGCCCGGAGGUAGGGAGGGAUGGUAUCACACCAGCUCGCCCUAUGACACCUACGAACCUUGCAGCAACUUCGUCAACUGUCUCAGUCCCUGCUUCCACUGGCGAUGAUUCAGACUUCACGGCGGCGCUGGAAGACACUGCGACUGCCUCCAAGCAUCUCCUUGAGCGUGACGAUGACACUUCGUCGUCGCGUAAGAAACGAUCCCGCCGCGUCGACGACCUCCCUUCUAAUCCACAAGUCAACAAAAAGAGGAGCAAGAAAAAGAAGAAUAAGGGAAAGGAAAAAGUGGCCAGGGAUACUGACUUGCACGCCUACGCGCGAGAUAUGCUGGCAGGAUUUGAGGAUGACCUGGACUGCCCAAUGUAG